CAGAUAAAAAACAGAAACCAGAAGCAGAAGACACCAGUCUAGCGUGUGGUGGUGAAGAAGAUACACCAGUCUAGCGUCAGACAUAAAAAAGACAUUUAAUCGUGUGAAGAUCACAGGCACAGGGGAAGAAGAUAUGGAGAUGGUACCGUUUCCACUAAUACCGAAGCCAAUAGAAGUAAACUACAGGGCUUGCACUAUUCCUUACAGAUUCCCUUCUGACAAUCCCAAGAUAGCCACUCCCACUGAGAUCUCCUGGGUCAACGUCUUCGCCAACUCCAUCCCUUCUUUCAAAAAACGUGCAGAAAGUGAUACAACUGUUCCAGAUGCUCCUGCAAGAGCUCAAAAAUUUGCUGAAAGAUAUGGGGGGAUUCUAGAAGACUGGAAGAAAGAUCCAGAGAGCCAUGGCGGACCUCCAGAUGGCGUUUCUCUCGGCAGAGCUCGUGAGCAUCUACUCAGAGAGUUAGGAUUCAUGGACAUAUUCAAGAAAGUGAAGGAUGAAGAGAAUGCAAAGGCUAUAUCUCUGUUUCCUGAAGUUGUCAGUCUGAGUGAUGCUAUCGAAGAUGAAGGAGAGCGUUUACAAAAUUUGGUGAGAGGGAUGUUUGCUGGUAACAUCUUCGAUCUUGGCUCUGCUCAGCUUGCUGAGGUGUUUUCAAGAGAUGGUUUAUCUUUCUUGGCUACCUGUCAAAACUUGGUUCCAAGACCAUGGGUCAUUGAUGACUUGGAUAGCUUCCAAUCCAACUGGUUCAAGAAUCGCUGGAAGAAGGCUGUGAUUUUUGUUGACAACUCUGGUGCAGACAUUAUUUUGGGUAUUCUGCCGUUUGCAAGAGAGAUGCUUCGUCGAGGAAUGCAGGUGGUGCUGGCUGCUAACGAUCUGCCAGCUAUCAACGAUGUAACAUAUACCGAGCUUACAGAGAUCUUGUCACAGUUGAAGGAUGAGGAUGGCCAAUUGAUAGGCGUUGAUACUUCGAAACUUGUGAUUGCAAAUUCAGGGAACGACUUAGCGGUUAUAGAUCUGUCAAGUGUAUCACAGGAGCUUGCUGACAUUUCAUCUGAUGCAGACUUGGUCAUUAUAGAAGGCAUGGGUCGUGGAAUUGAGACUAACCUUUAUGCUCAGUUCGAGUGUGAUUCUCUCAAGAUAGGAAUGGUGAAACAUAUUGAAGUAGCAGAGUUUCUUGGAGGGAGGCUUUAUGACUGUGUUUUCAAAUACAAUGAAGUUCAGAGUUAAUCGUAUCAUAUUGAUCUUCUCUCUGUCUGACUUCUCCCGAACAGUGAUUUUUUUUUUUAAUUGAUAUUUGAGAUUUAUGCUUUUGCUUAGAUUGAUUAAUCUCAGGUUUCAUAUUUUUUUAAAAACAAUUAACCAA